AUGCACAGAGUGAACAAAGCAAUCUUUUUGUUUUUGUGGGACAUCCAAAGCACCUUUACAGAUGAUGAGGAUGAGAAUUCGAGGUGCAAUUUGCACCGCUGGGUUUUCUUCCCAUGCUGUCUGAUGUAUGUCAUCGCAAUGCUGGGCAAUGGCACCAUCCUUCUCGUUGUCAGAGUGAAUCGAAGGCUCCACCAGACCAUGUACUACUUCCUUUCAAUGCUGGCCACCACGGACUUGGGCCUGACUCUGUCCACCCUGCCCACGGUGCUGUGGGCCUUUUGGUUCGGCACCGGAGAGAUCAGCUUCCCGGUCUGCCUCACCCAGAUGUUCUGCAUCCAUGCCUUCUCCUUCAUGGAGUCCUCAGUGCUUCUGGCCAUGGCCUUUGAUCGCUACAUGGCCAUCUGCUGCUUGCUGAGAUACUCCUCCGUCCUCACCAGUGCCAGGAUUGCAAAGAUUGGGCUGGGGAUGGUCUGCCGCUCUCUGAUGCUGCUCCCGCUCAUCUGCCUGCUCAUGCAACUGCCGUUCUGCAGGUCCCACAUGCUGUCCCACUCCUAUUGCCUGCACCAGGACACGAUACGGCUGGCCCGCACAGACUCCAUCCUGAACAGCAUGUACGGCCUAACCCUGGUACUGUUCAUGAUCCUAGACUCAGUGCUCAUUGUCUUGUCCUACACCAUGAUCAUUAAGGCCGUGGUGGGCAUCACCUCCAGACAGGAGCAGGCCAAAGCCCUCAACACUUGCGUCUCUCACUUCUGCGCUGUCCUCAUCUUCUAUGUCCCCAUGGUUGGCCUGUCCAUUAUACACCGGUACAGGAAGAAUGCUGCACCCUUCGGCCACGUGCUUAUGGCCACCGUCUACCUUUUUGUCCCACCUGUGUUGAACCCCAUCAUCUACAGCAUGAAAAACAAGCCCAUUCGCAAAAGCCUCCUCAGGCUCCUGUGUCAAAGAUUGGCCUGGCGUGGCCUGGCCAUGGCCAGCAGCCCAGGACUCACUGAGAAGUGGGAAGCUUGCCUACAUGAAAUGCCCAUAAAAAGUGACAGGUCAAACAGUCAGCCAGGCUACUGCAAGGGGGAUCCUGCCAUGGUGGUCUGCUGGACUUCUGUGAGAGUGGCUCCAGCUGGAGGGAUCCCAUGGCCAUAA